GUGGAAUGAUUUAUUUAAUAUAAAUCCUGGAAAAACUAGAAAUAUAGAAAUCUGAAAGUGAGAAAGUGAUACAAAAAGGACAAACAUCAUGUCGGCAGCUCUAGUUUAUUGGCAUUCAACGACAAACGGCAGGGAUGCUGUUGACAAGUCCCCCACCACUGAUUGGGCACCUGAUGGCCACCUGAACCUGAACCAGAACCACCAUCAGCACCACCACCACAUACACAAUCACAAUCACAAUCACAAUCACAAUCACAAUCACAAUCGCCAUCAUCCGCCUCAUUACAUCAAUUAUUUGGCGCAAAUUGGCUGCCAGCAUCGUGUCAGAAAUUGGCCAACAAAUGGCAAUCAGGAUGACGGCACUGCCGGCGCCCAUCAAAUCAUCUCAAAAUUCCAGCCAAAAAGUGCGUGGAGCAAUCUUGUGGAUGUGGAUCAAGUCGAUGGCAAUCUGUUGGGAACCCAACUGGAAUCAUCAAGGUGUGAACUGGCGCCAUCAAUCUAUAAUUUAUCCGCUUAUGGGUCCAGCGCGGGCAGCGUCGCCGUCGAUGCAGCGCAGGGCAGCGGUAGUGGGAGCGGCGGCGGCGGUAGACAGCGUCAUGCCCCGCUUUAUGGACGCUUUGUUGCCGAGGACGAUCUGCCUGCCACGCAUCGAGAUGUCAUGCAUCAUCACUCUAGUCCCUCGUCGUCGUCGGAGGUGCGCGCUAUGCAGGCCCGUAUACCCACACAUUUUCGGGAUCCCUCCUCAGGACCGCUACGAAAGCUGAGCGUUGAUCUGAUAAAGACCUACAAGCACAUCAACGAGGUUUACUAUGCGAAAAAGAAACGCCGUGCCCAGCAAACGCAGGGCGAUGACGAUUCGUCCAAUAAAAAGGAGCGGAAGCUGUAUAACGAUGGCUAUGAUGACGAUAAUCACGACUAUAUAAUCAAGAAUGGCGAAAAGUUUCUGGAUCGCUACGAGAUCGAUUCGCUGAUCGGCAAGGGCAGCUUUGGUCAGGUGGUGAAGGCCUACGAUCAUGAGGAGCAAUGCCAUGUGGCGAUCAAGAUAAUUAAGAAUAAGAAACCGUUCCUAAACCAGGCACAGAUCGAGGUCAAGCUGCUCGAGAUGAUGAAUCGUGCGGAUGCCGAAAACAAAUACUAUAUCGUCAAGCUCAAACGGCACUUUAUGUGGCGCAACCAUCUGUGCCUGGUGUUCGAGCUGCUCUCAUAUAACCUGUACGAUCUGCUGCGGAACACCAACUUCCGGGGCGUCUCGCUGAACCUCACGCGCAAGUUCGCCCAGCAGCUAUGCACUGCGCUGCUGUUCCUCAGCACCCCCGAACUGAACAUUAUUCACUGUGAUUUGAAGCCGGAGAAUAUCUUGCUGUGCAACCCGAAGCGUUCGGCGAUCAAGAUCGUUGACUUUGGCAGCUCCUGUCAACUGGGUCAGCGGAUCUACCAUUACAUCCAGUCGCGAUUCUAUCGCUCACCGGAGGUAUUGUUGGGCAUUCAGUAUGACCUGGCCAUCGAUAUGUGGUCAUUGGGUUGCAUUCUGGUGGAGAUGCAUACCGGCGAACCGCUCUUCUCCGGUUGCAACGAGGUCGACCAGAUGAACAAGAUUGUCGAGGUGCUGGGCAUGCCGCCAAAGUACCUGCUCGAUCAGGCGCACAAGACCCGCAAGUUCUUUGACAAAAUCGUGGCCGAUGGCUCCUAUGUCCUGAAGAAGAAUCAGAAUGGACGCAAGUACAAGCCACCGGGAUCCCGCAAACUGCACGAUAUUCUUGGUGUGGAAACUGGUGGGCCGGGUGGCCGACGUCUAGAUGAACCUGGCCACUCUGUCUCCGAUUAUCUCAAGUUCAAGGAUCUAAUCCUGCGCAUGCUCGACUUUGACCCCAAGACAAGGGUCACGCCCUACUAUGCCCUGCAGCACAACUUCUUCAAGCGCAUGGCGGACGAGGCGACCAAUACUAGCGGUGCGGGCGCCACAGCGAAUGCCGGCGCUGGUGGCUCUGGUUCUAGCGGAGCUGGCGGUUCCAGUGGCUCGAGCGGACCCGGAGGCGGAGGUGUUGGCGGCGGAGGCGGCGGCCUGGGAGCAAGUAAUAGCAGCAGUAGCGGAGCAGUCUCCUCAUCAAGCGCAGCAGCCGCUGCGGCGGCGGCAGCAGCAGUUAGCUCAUCAUCAGCCACAGGCUCCUCUGGCUCAGGAACGGGAUCUGGAGUCGGAGGCGGAUCCUCUGCGGCGCAGCAGCAACAACAGGCGAUGCCCCUGCCAUUGUCCCUGCCGCUGCCACCACAUGGAGGUCCCGGUAGUGCGUCGGAUGCCCAGUGUCAUGGAGGACCACUUAUCCACCAAUUAAUGGCCGCUGCCAAUACGAUGAACAACUUCUCCGCCAUGAGCCUGCAGCCAACCGUUGGACAUCCGCCGCCCUCGUUGGCCAAUAGCAGCCACCACAGCAGCAAUAGCCUGGGCAGCCUCAAUCACAUCAGUCCCGGAAGCAGCACAGCCCGGCACAAUCGUCUCUAUGGCAACAGUCACCAUCAGAGCAUCAGCAACACCACCAACAACAACAACAACAACAUCAGCAGCAGCAGCAGCAGCAGUAACCACAGCAGCAACAGCAUGGGCAACCAUAGUAGCCUCAGCUAUCCGCACGCCAUGGAAUGCGAUCCGCCACCGAUGCCGCCACAGAAUGGCCAUGGACGAAUGCGAGUGCCGGCAAUUCUACAGCUGCAACCGAAUAGCUAUGCUCCCAACUCGAUGCCCUACUAUGGCAACAUGUCCUCGGCGGCGGCAGCAGCAGCAGCUGCUGCAGCGGCGGCUGCAGCUGCCUCGCAUCUGAUGAUGACCGAUUCGAGUGUAAUUAGCGCUACAGCGGCGAGUGGCGGACAGGGCGGUGGCAACCCGGGUACAAAUCAAGUGUCAAACGCCAAUGCCAAUGCCUUCCUCUAUCCAUCUCAGCCCGCUGGAACGCUGUAUGGCACGACGCCAGCUUCGCUGAGCGAGCUGCCGUUGCCGCUGCCACCACUGCCGCUACAACUGCCCAUGCCAAUGCCAAUGCCCCUGCUACUGCCUCCCCCAUCGUCGUCGUCCUCAUCCGCGGGAUCAGGCGUGUCGGUUUCUGGUGUCGGCAGCGGCGGCGGCGGAGGAGGCGGCGGCCAGAGGCGACACGCUGGCGGACACGCUGCUGUGACCCAGAAUGUUAGCAGUGGUGGCAGCAAUUCAACGACCGGAGCCAGCAGCAGUGAUGCCUCCUCGUCGUCGCCUAUGGUGGGCGUUUGUGUUCAACAGAAUCCUGUAGUUAUACAUUAGCCUAUAGACAAAGUGAAAAAGUUUUAAAGUUGCCCGCAUUAUAUAUAUACAUAUAUAUAUCUAUCUUGUUCACACCACCUUUCGCCGCUCUCUGCUGCUAUUUAUUGCACCAUCCGAAGGAACACAUCCAAGCCCAAGUCCCAUCCAUCCCGAAAUUGUCAUCCCGCCAGUGCAGCAGAAUUUAAGGGUGGUGUCAAGAUUGGGAAUUUUACAUCAUAUCACAAGGAGAUACCUUUGUGAGGCUUUUAUUCUUUGUUCUCGAUUUGUUUCGGUCAAAGUUAAUGUUUUAAUUUCACUUAAAAAAUUGUAUUUUAGAUAGUUUAAAUUUCUUAAUCAUUUUUAAUAUACAAUUUAGGGUAGACAACAGACUUAGUUUUCUUAAAUACACUUAAUCAGUAAUUCAAAAGUACCAAAACAUUUGAUUUCCUGUGAGAGGAAUAUUUCAACCGAUUUUACGCUAUGAAACGUGUAACGAAGUGUCUCAAAAGGAUAACAAAAAAAUCAGUGAAAACAAUAUUGAUAAUGAUGUUAAAAAUUUGUUCAACGACAAGUUAUUAAAAAUAAUUUGGCCAGCAUAGUAGUAGCAGAAUCAAGUUCUUUUAAAGUUUUAAAAUCUAUAUAUAAUUCCGAGAUCCAAAGAUAACCAACAGAGAACUAAAGAUAUUCUGGAAUCAUGUUAAUUACCAAAAAAAAAAGCCUACACAUUAUUUUAUGAUGUAUUUUUCCGACUUGCCACCACCCACUGAAACACACAUAAACAACCCAAACACACACACAAAGUACACUAAACUAUAUAAAAAAAUACAAAAUACAUUAACAUUAACUAGCUGAAAUUGACCCACACACAGACACCCAUUCACCUGCAGUUUAUCUAUGGAAUAGUCACUUGGCGCUCUCACUACCGCGCCCACACGCCUCCAAAAAACGUCCUGGAGAGGCGUAUUGGAUCCUGUGGUUCCGUGUGGGCGCUCCACUUGAAGGAUUUUCGUAAAUCGUUUUAAUAUUUUUACUCGAUAGAUACUUCUUUUUUUUUUUGGUCUAAUUAUAGUGUUUAAAUUUAUGCUGUAACCGUACCGACAUAAUCUUACUUGAUAUAAACGAAUCAAAAUUAAACUUUAUUUAAUUGUUAA